AUGGCAUCUGUGGUCUCACCAGUUUCACGCCGUGUUCAUUAUCAAUCUCAAAUAUAUAAUGGUUCACUAUCACUAAAUCAAAGUUUUUCAAUAGCUGAACCAUCAAAUUUAAACGAAUCUUUCUCUUCAACAUCCACAUUCUUCAAUCCAUUGAUCACAGUCAUCUAUUCAACUUCAUCAUUAUCAAAAGAAAAUCAACAGCUACUUCUGAAUAGUUAUGCUUCAUGUCAUCGUUUAUUAGAUCAUAUAAAACCAAUGGUUGGUGUCCAACAAGAUGAAGUAAUUGAUCUUAUGGAUAAUGAAGGAAAAUUAAAAGAAUUACAUGCACACGGUGAUGAAUAUGCUUCACAAUAUCUUACUGGAAGAAGUACAUACUACGUACUUAAAGUUGAAAAUGACAUAGCAGCAGGUGAAAAACGUUAUAUACCAAAUUUUAAUCUUGAUCAAAUUGAUCAAAAAAUAUAUACAAUAUUAACAACUUCAUUAAAUUCAUUAAAUAAAUCAGCAAAUAAAACAAAACGUACUACUGGAGCAUCAAAACAAAAUACACCAUCUCAAGCAUCAUCGAAUGCAACACAAUCAAAAACGAAACGAACAUCAAAUCGAAAAUAA